AUGGCAAUGCACCAUGGUUGUUUUUUCCACUAUUGUCAAUCGCUGUACAAAGAAGUUCAACUACUUGGUCUGACAACAGCAUAUUUUGACGAUGAUAGUACUCGUUUAUCUUGUCGCAGCACAAUGGCUCUCGCUCUUCUGCCCAUCGAGCUUAUAGAAGAAGCUGUACAGCUUAUUGAAGAUGAUUCGCUUACAGAAAUGGCUGACUUCUUUAGGUAUUUUAAAUACCAAUGGUUAACACGAGUGCCUCCAAAAUACUGGAAUGUGUCAACUCUCGAAUUUCGUACUAACAACUUCGCCGAGGGUUGGCACAACAAGUUCAACAAUCGUGUCGACAAAAAUCAUCCUAACGUUUGGCGUCUGUUUGAAUGUUUACAACGUGAAGAAUUAUCAUUUCGACAACAAUUAGGAAAAGUUAAUUGUUCUACACUAUUUAAUGAAGCAUUUGAAGAAACUGCUGAAUGUCCAUCAUCAUCAGACUUUGAAGCACGAUGCAGCAAGAAGCAACAAUUAGUUAAAACAAUUUGUGACGAUAUGAUCAAUGUUUAUGAUAUUAAUUUUUAUCCAAUAUCAUAUGAAUUUGAUCGAAUGAUAUUUAGCAUUAAAAAUAAAUAUCCAACACAUGGUAAAAUAUUUGGUGAAGGUUAUGGGUUUGUUUACAUCAACAUUAAAACAAUAAUUCUCUCGUGA